UCCGGUGUGGCGGUUUGGGCGGAGGCUGAGUCGUUUGACAGCCUCAAUAUAACCGCGGUGUGUCGAGUGGAGAAAGAGAUUCCCAAAGCUCAGCCGCUUGUCUUUCGUCCGGAGACACGUCCAUACAGCAGCCAUGGUUCGCCAGGUGGAAACUUUGGAGGAAUUCAAUGCAAUCCUGAAGGAAGCUGGAGACAAGCUGGUGGUGGUGGACUUCACAGCCUCCUGGUGUGGUCCCUGUAAACAGAUUGGCCCACACUUCGAAGAACUGUCGAAUAAGGCUGAAAACAAGAACGUGAUUUUCCUGAAGGUGGAUGUGGAUGAUGCUCAGGACGUGGCUACAAAGUGGGAGAUAAGGGCCAUGCCCACAUUCAUAUUUAUCAAGAAUGGAAAGAAGGUGACGGAGGUCGUUGGUUCUGACCCAGACAAACUGGGUGGCAAGCUGCAAGAGUUAAGAACCUAAAGUUCCACCAACCAGUCGACGCACACCUUCAUCGUAUAAACCACAGUAGCCACUGUUGCUCACUGUACAUGCCCAAGAAAUUACAGUUCCAUGUUGUAUACAAUAACCAUGAGCUCUUCCAUUCCAUCCUGGCAAUAAUAAUGUAUUGCACUCGUCAUGUAUUGGUGACGUACUCUAAGUCCUGUCAAUUCAGAGUAUGUAUUGACUUUCUGAUCUGAAAUUUGAAUAAAAUCUGAUGACCACUAUUAAUUCUGUUAAAUAUCACAGAUUGGCUGUGCUCCUGACUAACCCCUGAAGUUUCUUUGGAUGUUGUGUUCAACAAGGUGGAUUUAAUAAAUACAGAUAAGUUACAAAAA